GUGGUUAGGUUUCUCUCGAUUCAACUCAAGUAUGUAAGUGAAGGGAUUCCGCCACAGUCCUCAUGGUUUAUUGACCGCCUCGACCUGUUGGACUCUAGUAGAAGAUAUAUAUAAUGAAUAAUCACUGCACCUUUUCCAUCAUUGUCUUGUGUGUCGUCAUGAUUAUAACAGCAGGAAGUGUCUCCAGCGGACUUCUCUUAAGACAGAAAAGAGGAUUUCGUAACUUGGAGUUGUCUACAGCGAGAGGGUUUGGUAAACGAAAGCAGGAAAAUAAGCAAGUUUCUUUACCGGAUGUAUUUUUCAACUUCAUAAGAACUAUUCCCACUGGCUGGCUUGCUGAGCAAAUUAAAAGUAAUCCAACGUUGGCAGAAAUCUUUGAAGGAAAGACCGUUGGCAUUAACGGUGACCGUCCGGUUUCUCAAGAUGACUUGUACGAGGCUCUUUGAUCAUGAAUGGAUACUAUGGGCCAUAAAGUUUAGCUAUACAUCAUGUGUAUUACAUAGAAGAAAAAAAGCUUAUUUACUGCUAGAGUUUUCGAAUUUUUUUAUUUCCAUACAUAAAUAUUUGGAACCCAUUAGAUAGUUUGGCAUCUACUGUAAGAAAAAAUUGAGAAUAAAACAUAAUUCUAUUAUUC